AUGCGGUCUAAUGGUGCUUUGUACUUGGACGAUAUACAUCCGUUUUGGAAAAUGUUAAAGUAUUUAGAUGCAGAAGAAGACGCGAACGAAGAAGUACGGCACGCAAACGCCGAUGAUAAAGAGUACUUUCAAUCGUUGGUGGAUGAAGUUUUAAAAUCCGACCCCUCAGUACUACGACGCGUCUCUCAGGUACUUGAACAUGAGCUGCACCCCGAGGGUGACGACAUACCUGAGCCCGAAGCAAGUCCACCGAGGAAAGGAAGACCAAUGACAAGCAGAACCUUGAGGAGAAACAAAAGUGCGUUUGAGUACAGUAGAUCGUCCUCAAGGGGUCGCGGAUCAAGAUCAUCAUCACGCGGGAGAUCCAGUGGUAGAUCAAGCAGCCGGUCGCAUCAAUCGUCAAUUGGAAUUAACUUCAGUUUCAACUUAUCAGAUGGUGCAGCAGGUCGUGAUUUUUCACUUUUUCCGUGGCCAGAUCACAUUCCAUUUAUUCUUCCGCCAUAUCUGUUUGAUUGGAUUGAUGUUAUAGGUGACGGUAAUUGUGGAUUUAGAGCUAUUGCCGCCACAGAGUUAGGGGGUGAGGAAGCAUGGCCUCUGUUACGACGUGCAAUGAGUUUGGAAAUGGAAACGCAUAGAGAACAAUAUGCACGCUUAUAUUUAUCAGCAGAUUCGGUGGAGGAAGCUAUAUUCAGAGUUGGUGCCCACAAUAAAGGACCUGCUCCGUACGAUCACUGCUUGGAAGCGACAACACUGUAUUCUGCAGCAACAUUUUUAAACAUAGCAAUUGCGUAUUAUGGCUCUGCGGAUGGUCAUCCAAUGUACAAUUGUUUAGUGCUUCCUUUAAGAAGAACAGGAGGAAUGCAUGAUUUAGAAAGACAAUAUCGUAAUAGGAUAUCACUUUGGAGUAGAAUGUGCAACAUACAACGACAACAGCAUAAUAACACCGCCGGAGACGCGGUGAAUUUAGAUUCUCCAUAG